AUGUCCGAGGAAGUGAAGGAAUUAGAGAUUGUUUUCGAUAGCAAGGCAGAUAUCAAAGUGGCGCAUGACAGCAGUAGAGCGCCUGUCAUGUCCACGCGCGGCGUGAACAACCUGAACGGCGUGCGUGGCAAAUUGGAGGCAUUUGACGCGGUGUUGAAGGAUUCCUACCACCCAUCGAAGAAUCCCACUGGAAUUAUAAAUGCCGGUGUGGCGGAGAAUGGCUUGAUGAGUGAUGAGAUAAUAAAAUUCUACAACGAUAAUUUCAAGCUUGACAAAUUCGAUCUAUCGUACGGCAACGGAUUCAGCUGCUCGAGGGAGCUUGCAGCUGCAAUGGCCGUGUUCUACAACGACACUCUCAAGCCGGUCGACCAGAUCAAGCCUGAGCACAUAGUAGCAGGUGUUGGUAUGUCUGCCGUGAAUGGCCAACUCAGUUGGUAUCUCUGUGAGCCUGGUGAGGGUAUUCUCAUUGGAGCUCCCUACUACAAUGGUUUCGAUAUAGAGCUGCGAGCGCAAUCGCAAGUCGAGCCAAUCGAGGUGCAUUUCCCUGAAGAUGUCCACCCACUAUCGCUGGCCGGUGUGGAUGAAUAUGAGCGUGCGCUACUCAAUGCUCGCGCUCGUGGCAUCACUUCGCGCGCAAUCCUCAUCGCCUCACCGCAGAAUCCACUUGGAUGGAUAAUCACCCGCGAUGUUCUCAUCGCAUAUGGACGUCUAGCUGAAAGAUACAAUUUGCAUCUCAUCUCUGAUGAAAUUUACGCUCUUUCUGUCUUCAGUUCUGAUGAUGUACCUAAUCCGCCCCCCUUUGUUAGUAGUGCGUCGAUAGAUUGGUCGGCAGAGGGUGUCGAUCCGGCAAGGGUGCAUGUGUUGGUUGGUGCUAGUAAGGAUUUCGCCAGCAAUGGUCUGCGUAUUGGAGCGCUCAUCUCACAGUAUAAUGCUGACCUCGUCGGUGGGGUGACAAGCAGCUCGGUGCUAAUGAAGCUGUCAAGCGCGUCCGAGGUCCUCUGGCUUAGUCUCCUCUCUGAUAAAACAUUCCUCAACUGGUAUAUAAAUGAGAACCAGAGACGACUCGCCGGCUCCUACGCUAAAGUUACUAAGUGGUGCAGACACAUGGGCAUCCCUUAUGAAAAAGCUUGCGCGGGUUUCUUCUUUUUGAUCGAUCUCAGAGAAUUCUUGCCCUCUCGUAAUGACAAAGGAGAACUGCUGUCGAGCGAUAUGGAUAAAUUGGGCGAGUUGAACAAGCGCCUGAUUGGCAAUAAGGUCUUGUUUAAUCCAGGUACUUCAUACCAUCAUAGGACUGUUGGGGUGUUCCGGAUCACCCACACACUCUACCCCCACACGCAGGAUCUGGCGCUGGAAAGAGCGGAGGAGGUGCUGCUACAGACAAAAAAAGAGAAUGCUUGA